CCCAACCAGACCAAGACCUCCGGGCGCUGUCCUUGCCAAGCUCGUAACCCGCAGUUCCCCCUCCAUGGCCCUAGGGGGCGCCACUUUGGUACUGACGCUCUGCCUGUGGGGCUGGCUGGCGCCCGGGCCAGGCCUGGGCGAGCUGGACAGCAUGACCCAGAUGGGGGCGCCGGCCAACCUGGUGGCCCUGAUCCCCGAGGCCGCCAGGGCGACGGUGGCGGCGGGCUACACCAGCAGCGAUAAAGAGACGACCACGGAGCACCCGCCCCAGGUGUCGGUCUCCAUCACAUUAGGCGUGGCGACCUCACCGGAGGAGGACACCGUACCGGAGAAGGACACUGUCCUCAUCAUGGGCGACACCCACUACGCCUGGCAGGAGUGGAGCGAGUGGCACUGCAACUGCGCCGCAGGGAGCAUGUCCCGGGUGCGAGACAUCACCUACUCACAGCCUGGCGUCCACCUGGAUCCGGACAAGUACGACGUCCUGCGCUUCGAGAGGGUGGUGUGCAACUACCAGCUCUGCAAGUGCGACCAGGGCCAGUGCGACCUCUCAGCAUUGGUGUGCGAGCAGGGGCCCAUGCACAUGUGCGCACUGCAGGACAUCAAGCAGGACAAGGAGGACAAGAGGAAGGACUUCUGGACCCAGGUCCACAACGGACUCAGGGACCUCUGGAAGAGCAUCAAGGACACCUUCCCGCCGGAGCAGGUGGGGGACAGACGGGCAGGCAGGCGGGGCCAAGGCGCCGCAUAAUGCACUCCCUGUUUUGUUUAUUCAUUCAGAGCAUUGGCGCACACUUGCUCUUUGGGCCCCAGAGUGGCUUACGUCCAAUCUGUUAAAACAAGACGGCCCCGCCACACUGGUGUUCAAUCUGAAAAACAAUAGCAACACGACAUGCGAGGAAAAAGGAAUGGGGAGGGAGGAGGAAAACUCAGGGACAAAUUUCUCAACCAGUUCCUAUGAGUUAGGGCUGAUGCGGGCGCACUUGCUGGCUGGUAAAGGCUGUUGGUGGCUAUGCUCUGUGAUGGUUCUUAAUAUCCACUGCUGGGAGCUUCCCAGAAGAGGGAUUGAGUUGGCCAUUGGGAGAACAGGAU